GAGCACCGUAUAAAUAUCCCGGUUAAAGGCUCAAAAUUUGAAAAGAAAAUAAGAAGCAAGCUAUCAUGAAGGUAUUAGCGUACUCUCUACUCUUCCUUGUGGCUUAUAGCUCUGCCUACUCGAUAUUCCCUAAUGUGGGAGCAGGAGCAAACCUACAAUUAAAUGGAAAAGUAAAUGCAGGAAAUGGAAGAAGUGCAGGAGCGAACAUAAAGAUAGGAGCAGAUGUAGGUGCAAAAGGUAAUGGGGGAUCAAAAUCAGGAAUAGGAGCAGGGGCAGGCAUAAAUAUAAACGCAGGAAUUAAAGGACCGAAUGGCAACUCAGGUGUAGAAGCGGGAGCAGGAGUAAGUGGAGGAAUAAGUGGAGGAUUGAAGAUUCCUUCUCUACCUCUUCUUCCUUUCCCUCGUCCUCAUAUACCUAUUCCUAUUCCCAUAUUGCCUUGGGGAAGCAAAAGUACUUCCACUACCACUGAAAAGUCUACCUCACAUCAAACUACUAUACACCCAACUGGAUCAUCCAGCGGUACUAAACCGUCUAGUUCUCCUAGUACUAUACAUCCGACCAAACCAUCCAGCACUUCUAAAUCACCCAGUACUCAGAGUACUAAACACCCAACUGGAUCAUCCAGCAGUACGAAAUCACCUAGUUCUCCUAAUAGUACACAUCCGACCAAACCAUCCAGCAGUUCUAAAUCACCCAGUACUCACAGUACUAUACACCCAACUGGAUCAUCCAGCGGUACUAAACCAUCUAGUUCUCCUAGUACUAUACAUCCAACUGGACCAUCCAGCAGUACUAAAUCACCUAGUACUGAUUCUACUCCUUGUGAAGAAUCUAGCAGUUCUGCCUCACCAAGUCCUUCCAGUUCUGGUAAACCAACUGAAGGAUCUAGUAGCUCUGCCUCACCAAGUUCUUCCAGUUCUGGAAAACCUACCGAAGCAUCCAGCAGCUCUAGUUUGCCAGAUACUGAUUCUUCUCCUUAUGAAGAAUCCAGCACCUCGACUUCACAAGGUACUGAUUCUACUCCUUGUGAAGAAUCUAGCAGUUCUGCCUCACCAAGUCCUUCCAGUUCUGGUAAACCAACUGAAGGAUCUAGUAGCUCUGCCUCACCAAGUCCUUCCAGUUCUGGUAAACCAACUGAAGGAUCUAGUAGCUCUGCCUCACCAAGUCCUUCCAGUUCUGGUAAACCAACUGAAGGAUCUAGUAGCUCUGCCUCACCAAGUUCUUCCAGUUCAGAACUAUCUAGCGCAACAUAUAGUAACUCUGGUUCACCAAGUUCUUCCAGUUCUGCAAAACCUACCGAAGCAUCCAGCAGCUCUAGUUUGCCAGAUACUGAUUCUUCUCCUUAUGAAGAAUCCAGCACCUCGACUUCGCAAGGUACUGAUUCUACUCCUUGUGAAGAAUCUAGUAGCUCUGCCUCACCAAGUCCUUCCAGUUCUGGUAAACCAACUGAAGGAUCUAGUAGCUCUGCCUCACCAAGUUCUUCCAGUUCUGCAAAACCUACCGAAGCAUCCAGCAGCUCUAGCUUGCCAGAUACUGAUUCUUCUCCUUAUGAAGAAUCCAGCACCUCGACCACGCUAGGUACUGAUUCUUCUCCUUAUGAAGCACCCAGCAGUUCUGCCUCACCAAGUUCUUCCAGCUCUGGACAACCAAGUGAACCAACAAGCAGCUCUGCCUCUCCUAGUUCAUCAAGUUCUGAACAACCUAGUGAAACUCCAAGCAGCUCUGCCUCACCUAGUUCUUCCAGCUCUGAACAACCCAGUGGAGCACCCAGCAGCUCAGCCUUACCAAGUUCUUCCAGCACUGGACAACCAAGUGGAGAACCCAGCAGCUCUGCUUCACCAAGUUCUUCCAGCUCUGAACAACCCAGCGGUGCACCCAGCAGCUCUGCCUCACCAAGUUCUUCCAGCUCUGGACAACCAAGUGAACCCUCAAGCAGCUCUGUCUCACCAAGUUCUUCCAGUUCUGAACAACCCAGCGGAGCACCGAGCAGUUCGGAAUCGCCAAUUUCUGAAUCUACUCCUUGUGAAGAGUCCAGCGUAGCACCAAGCAGCUCUGCUUCUCCUAGUUCUUCCAGCUCGGAACAACCAUGGGGAGCACCCAGCAGCUCUGCCUCACCAAGUUCUUCAAGCUCUGAACAACCCAGUGGAGCACCCAGCAGCUCAGCCUCAUCAAGUGCUUCCAGCUCUGGACAACCAAGUGAACCACCAAGCAGCUCUGCCUCACCAAGUUCUUCCAGCACUGGACAACCAAGUGGAGAACCCAGCAGCUCUGCUUCACCAAGUUCUUCCAGCUCUGAACAACCCUGGGGAGCACCUAGCAGCUCUGCCUCACCAAGUUCUUCCAGCUCUGAACAACCCAGUGGAGCACCCAGCAGCUCACCCUCACCUAGUUCUUCCAGCUCUGAACAACCCAGUGGAGCACCCAGCAGCUCUGCCUCACCAAGUUCUUCAAGCUCUGAACAACCCAGUGGAGCAACCAGCAGCUCAGCCUCACCAAGUUCUUCCAGCUCUGGACAACCAAGUGAACCACCAAGCAGCUCUGCCUCACCAAGUUCUUCCAGUUCUGAACAACCAAGUGAACCACCAAGCAGCUCUGCCUCACCAAGUUCUUCCAGCUCUGGACAACCAAGUGAACCACCAAGCAGCUCUGCCUCACCAAGUCCUGCCAGUUCUGAACAACCCACUGGAGAACCCAGUAGCUCUGCCUCACCAAGUUCUUCCAGUUCUGAACAACCCAGUGGAGCACCCAGCAGCUCUGGCUCACCUAGUUCUUCCAGCUCUGAACAACCCAGUGGAGCACCCAGCAGCUCUGCUUCACCAAGUUCUCCCAGCUCUGAACAACCCAGCGGUGCACCCAGCAGCUCUGCCUCACCAAGUUCUUCCAGCUCUGGACAACCAAGUGAAACCUCAAGCAGCUCUGCCUCACCAAGUUCUUCCAGUUCUGAACAACCCAGUGGAGAACCCAGUAGCUCUGCCUCACCAAGUCCUCCAAGUUCUGAACAACCCAGCGGAGCACCGAGCAGUUCGGAAUCACCAAGUUCUUCCAGCUCUGGACAACCAAGUGAACCCUCAAGCAGCUCUGCCUCACCAAGUUCUUCCAGUUCUGAACAACCCAGCGGAGCACCGAGCAGUUCGGCCUCACCAAGUUCUUCCAGCUCUGGACAAUCAAGUGAACCACCAAGCAGCUCUGCCUCACCAAGUUCUUCCAGCUCUGAACAACCCUGGGGAUCACCCAGCAGCUCUGCCUCACCAAGUUCUUCCAGCUCUGGACAACCAAGUGAACCACCAAGCAGCUCUGCCUCACCAAGUUCUUCCAGCUCAGAACAACCCUGGGGAGCACCCAGCAGCUCAGCCUCACCAAGUUCUUCCAGCUCUGGACAAUCAAGUGAACCACCAAGCAGCUCUGCCUCACCAAGUUCUUCCAGCUCUGAACAACCCUGGGGAUCACCCAGCAGCUCUGCCUCACCAAGUUCUUCCAGCUCUGGACAACCAAGUGAACCACCAAGCAGCUCUGCCUCACCAAGUUCUUCCAGUUCUGAACAACCCAGUGGAGCACCCACCAGCUCUGCCUCACCAAGUUCUUCCAGCUCUGGACAACCAAGUGAACCACCAAGCAGCUCUGCCUCACCAAGUUCUUCCAGUUCUGAACAACCAAGUGAACCACCAAGCAGCUCAGUCUCACCAAGUUCUUCCAGCUCUGGACAACCAAGUGAACCCCCAAGCAGCUCUGCCUCACCAAGUUCUUCCAGUUCUGAACAACCCAGUGGAGCACCCACCAGCUCUGCCUCACCAAGUUCUUCCAGCUCUGAACAACCCUGGGGAGCACCCAGCAGCUCUGCUUCACCAAGUUCUUCCAGCUCUGGACAACCCAGCGGUGCACCCAGCAGCUCUGCCUCACCAAGUUCUUCCAGCUCUGGUCAACCAAGUGAACCCUCAAGCAGUUCUGCCUCACCAAGUUCUUCCAGUUCUGAACUACCCUGGGGAUCACCCAGCAGCUCUGCCUCACCAAGUUCUUCCAGUUCUGGACAACCAAGUGAACCACCACGCAGCUCGACCUCAUCAAGUUCUUCCAGUUCUGAACAGCCCAGUGGAGCACCCAGCAGCUCAGCCUCACCAAGUUCUUCCAGCACUGGACAACCAAGUGGAGAACCCAGCAGCUCUGCUUCAUCUAGUCCUUCCAGUUCUGAACAACCCAGCGGAGCACCGAGCAGUUCGGAAUCGCCAAUUUCUGAAUCUACUCCUUGUGAAGAGUCUAGCGUAGCACCAAGCAGCUCUGCCUCUCCUAGUACAUCCAGUUCUGAACAACCUAGUGAAACUACAAGCAGCUCUGCCUCACCUAGUUCUUCCAGCUCUGAACAACCCAGUGGAGCACCCAGCAGUUCUGCUUCACCAAGUUCUUCCAGCUCUGAACAACCCAGCGGUGCACCCAGCAGCUCCGCCUCACCAAGUUCUUCCAGCUCUGGACAACCAAGUGAACCCUCAAGCAGCUCUGCCUCACCAAGUUCUUCCAGUUCUGAACAACCCAGUGGUGCACCCAGCAGCUCAGCCUCACCAAGUUCUUCCAGCACUGGACAACCAAGUGGAGAACCCAGCAGUUCUGCUUCACCAAGUUCUUCCAGCUCUGAACAACCCAGCGGUGCACCCAGCAGCUCUGCCUCACCAAGUUCUUCCAGCUCUGGACAACCAAGUGAACCCUCAAGCAGCUCUGUCUCACCAAGUUCUUCCAGUUCUGAACAACCCAGCGGAGCACCGAGCAGUUCGGCAUCGCCAAUUUCUGAAUCUACUCCUUGUGAAGAGUCUAGCGUAGCACCAAGCAGCUCUGCCUCUCCUAGUUCAUCCAGUUCUGAACAACCUAGUGAAACUUCAAGCAGCUCUGCCUCACCUAGUUCUUCCAGUUCUGAACAACCCAGUGGGGCAACCACCAGCUCUGCCUCACCAAGUUCUUCUAGCUCUGAACAACCCAGUGAAGCAACCAGCAGUUCUGCCUCACCAAGUUCUUCCAGUUCUGGACAACCAAGUGAACCACCAAGCAGCUCUGCUUCACCAAGUUCUUCCAGCUCUGAACAACCCAGCGGUGCACCCAGCAGCUCUGUCUCACCAAGUUCUUCCAGCUCUGGACAACCAAGUGAACCCUCAAGCAGCUCUGCCUCACCAAGUUCUUCCAGUUCUGAACAACCCAGCGGAGCACCGAGCAGUUCGGAAUCUCCAAGUUCUUCCAGCUCUGGACAACCAAGUGAACCCUCAAGCAGCUCUGCCUCACCAAGUUCUUCCAGUUCUGAACAACCCAGCGGAACACCGAGCAGUUCGGCAUCUCCAAUUUCUGAAAGUACACCUUGUGAAGAAUCUAGCGUAGCACCAAGCAGUUCUGCUUCGCCUAGUUCUUCCAGUUCUAUCCAUCCUAGCGGCGGAGCAAGUAGCUCUUCUUUGCCAAGUUCUGGUUCAUCCCCUUGGAUCAGUUCGACCCGUUUUCCUCACCACUUUACUGAUUCAGUCGGUCGACAGUGCUAUUGUUAUUGAUUUUUAAUGUUACGUAAAAUUUUUUAAUUCGGCUAAGUUAUUUUAAAACGUCUACAAUUUUUCCAUAUCUAUCUGAAACAUAAUUACUAAACAGAGAAUAAAUUUAUAAUUGCCUUUUUUUGUAAAUUGGAUCAAACUGUUAUUUUAAUUGAAUAAAUUAUUCUAUGAAAAUAUCUCAGUAUCCGAAAUUUCAUAUUAGAUGUACUUAAUCAUCUUGUUAUAUUUCCCACAAAUUUUUUGUCCGAUGUUGAUAUUACAUAGGGAAAUGUGAUGAGGCGAA